AUGAGUCAGUUACAGAACAAUUGUGCAACGUUCCGGCCGUCGCGGCAACGGCGGAGACGGCAUGUCUCGAGCGGCUAUUUUACGAUUUUCUGUUUAUUAUUCCUUUUCAUGACCCUCACGGCGGAGGCUGCCUUUAUUAACUUUGAUAAUUGUCUCGAGUCCAACAUUAUCAGCAACCCCAACCAGCUCCAAUUCGUUCCGCUUUAUUAUUCGGUUCUUUAUGAUCCCUCUCCCGGCCCGAAUCCGCUCAAUAUCACGGUCUAUGGAAAUGUGACUGGGGUGCAAAGUGGUGAUACAGCACCGGCGGUGGGUUCGCCAGACUGGGAGAACCCCGAUGUGACAGCAGGCAAGAUUGUCCCUAUUGUUGAUAAUAAUGGCAACUAUACAUACACUACCCUUUUCACGACAUUGAAUUUGCUCAGUUAUACUGCUUAUGAAAAUGCCUCGCAAUUCUGCCAGGGCGUCACGCUGGGUGACUGUCCGCUUGGCCCAGUGUUCCACAAGAAUGUGAGUAACCCUACUGAACUCCGAGCCUUUUCAGUCGCACACGAUAUCCAGUCAUCGUAUCAAUUUACAAGUCUGUCUUCGACACUGCGAGUGAAAUCUGGAGACCAACAGGGCACGGAUCUGGCUUGUGUAUCUGGGGUCAUCACCCCAGAUCUGGGAGACACACUUGGAAACACGUUGGCUUUUAUCCCUCUUCUCAUCUUGAUCUUUGUCGCUGCUGCCAAGAUCCUGGCCUCCACCUAUAGUCCCUGGGGCUCCACCGAUAUAUUCCGCUGGACGAGUAAUUAUGGUCGGGACGAGGAUUUACUACGACUUGUGACGCCCGGAUUUGCCGACUGUCUCCAAUAUAUCCAAUUCAUUGCAUUGACGGGCACUUUGAGCUUGAGCUACCCUGGUUUCUAUCAACCGAUUGUUUCUCGAGGAGCAUGGUCUAUUCUUAUGUUCAACCAGAGUCUCGUGAGUCACAAUGGCGGCAUCGACCCGGUUCAGGACGGAAUCUAUGUAGUUAAUGGCACUUACGGCAUGGAUCGGUUCAGUCAGUACGUUGGCUUGGCGGAUGUAAAAGACAUCUGGCCGGGUUCAAUGGUUUGGCUUUUGGUUGCCGUUUUUGCGGUUACUGCUUUGACUCAGCUAGCUUUGGGGUCUCGCUGGAUAUACCACAAACUGGCCGACGUUCCAGAAGAGGAUCUCCGCGCCAAAAACAUGCCCUUCACGAUUGGGAAUGUCAUUCGCAUCACAUUCAAUUUUUUUCUAUUUCCUAUAAUGUCUCUAGCCUUGUUUCAACUCGUUGUUGCUGGAAAAUCACCAGCCUACUCGGUCGCUCUCGCAGUCGUUCUGAUUCUGGUUCUUCUGUGUUUUGCCUUUUGGAUGAUUCGUCUUAUCAUCACCGCGCGCCCUCGUGCCUACUUGUUUGACGAUCUUUCCACCGUCUUGCUUUACGGUCCUCUCUACAACACGUAUCGUGAUGGUGCCACGGCUUUUGCCCUAGUGCCUAUCUUCAUUACAACUGUUCGUUCCCUCGCGAUUGGUGCACUACAACCGUCGGGUAUUGCUCAGGUAGUUCUGCUCGCAAUAUGCGAAGUUGCCUUGGUUUUGGUACUGGCAGCAUUUCGCCCAUACCCUUCUCCAACCUCAAUGAACCUUUACCAAGUGGUUUUCGCUGUAGUCCGCUUCCUAGUGGUUCUCCUCAGCGUCACAUUUGUUCCGGCCCUCGGCAUCUCAGAGGAAACAAAAGGAUGGAUUGGAUAUGUUAUGCUAUCCUUGCACGGAAUGAUGCUGGUCUUUGGCUUUUUUUUGAAUGCUCUGCAAACCAUCAUUGAGGUGGUUGCCCGUCUUGCAGGUGCAGGGGGUGUUGAAGGCGGAGCAACUCGUGGUGGUCUCACAAAGGUAUUUGGUGCACGACAGCUUUCCCGUCGAAAUCCGAGAAGCAGCACACGGCAGAGCAUGGCUUCCGAUGCCGCAAUGUUAGCCAACAUGGAUGACCGUUCAACUCCGUUUGGCGAGUCCAGAGCACGAAGCCUCUCUGGCAGUUCUGCAUUCCUCCUCAAUCGCAAUCCGCUAAGCGACGGCCUAGCCAGUACUGCUUAUGAUGCAGGUAGCUUGCAUGACCCGAGUCACAGUCGAGCUAAUAGCAGUGGCAUGUAUACGCCGACGACCCCGGGUGCCAGUAGUGCAUUUUCCCAUCCAGCUGGCUACCAGGCUAUGACAACACCCAAGAGCAGUUCAUUCCUAGGCCUCAAACCGGAAGUCAUUGACCCUUACUAUCGACCACCCAGGCCGAAGAGUAAAACCAUGGAAACGCAGCCUUUGGAUGGAGAACGUGCUCAGAACGCACCUGGCAGCGAUCCGGAAGAUAAUGGAACUGAAAGUUCAGGUCAUCCGGUACCCGCUGCUUAUCUUGGCGCCGCACGAGAUGACCCUGAUCUCGAGGAUUCUCGACCGAAUAGAAAAGACUAUGCUGUCCGCGAGGUCGACUUCUACUACCGCGUCCGUGGGCCCGCUCUAUCUCAUACAGGAACUCGUAAGUUGAAAACGGGACCAGCAGACCCGACUGGACCCGUUUCAUCGGCCUCUGGCUGGUUCCGUCGAUAUUUGGGUGGGAAGACCAAAGAACCGAGUAAAGGAUUCGAAGUCGUUCGCAGCACCCGAGCGCCUCCUCCCCGACUAUUUCCGCCCGUUGAGGAUGAAGAAUAUCACGAACCAUACCGAGACGACCCCGAUAGACAGAGUCCUGACGAUAAUGCAACUGGCGGCCACUCCCGCGAGAUAUCCGGAGCCACCACGUCGUCAUACCACGAUGCCGAACAAAAGAAGACGCAAGAAAAGGACCAACAACAGAAAGAACAAUUCCGCUUACCGCAGAUCGACGUCGGCGGCUCUAUUGAGCUUCCCAGCCGCGUUGGCUCCCGAAGCAGCGUGUUGACAACAUCCAGUCGGCCUCCUGUGCCCAGAAAGAGUUCACGACGAGAAACGCAGAUAAACCCUAACGAAGACGGCGAGCAAGUACUCGUCACGAUCCCCGACUCGCCGGAGCACAGGGUACAGCGGCAUCCCAGCGACGACGCCGCGUCAGCCGAACUCCUCCAGCCAUCCGACCCCCAGGCUCGCCUCCCCUUUGCCGCGAGCGACUCGGGCAGCAAACAUAGCCAGGACCGCACGGGUUCUGUCGCAUCGAGCUCCUCGACCAUCCAACGCACAGCGAGCGCUGACCCUGGCCAGCCCUCCGGCAUGGGCUACGUCGUGCAUCACCGCGCCGGUGCCAGCAUCCAUCAAGCCGGGCCAGAGCACCCGCUGACAGGUAGCACGGCGGAAUUAGUCGAACAACAAACCGACUCCGAAUCGGGGGCAUAA